GAAGGGGCAGAAGGGGUAGAAGGGGCAGAAGGGGUAGAAGGGGACAGAAGGGGUAGAAGGGGACAGGGGGCAGAGGGGGCAGAAGGGGCAGAAGGGGUAGACGGGGUAGAAGGGGACAGAAGGGGUAGAAGGGGCAGAAGGGGGCAGAAGGGGCAGAAGGGGCAGAAGGGGCCAGAGGGGGCAGAAGGGGUAGAAGGGGCAGAAGGGGUAGAAGGGGACUGA